AUGUUUUCAGCAAACGCGGGAAUACUGUUGCAAAAUGCACCAGCUUGCCCAGAACAAUAUGGAGUCCAGGCGUACGCACAUCCCGAGCUAUGCGAUCAGUUUUUCCUCUGUAUCAACGGUACACUAACAGUGGAAACCUGCGAGAAUGGUUUAUUAUUCGAUGGUAAAGGAGCUGUACACAACCACUGCAACUAUAACUGGGCUGUCGACUGUGGUGAGAGGAAAGCCGAUUUGACACCCUACUCAACUCCCGGAUGCGAGUACCAGUUCGGAAUUUACCCAGACAGCGCGGAAUGUUCCACCAGCUACGUCAAAUGUGCCUUUGGAAUCCCUCAGCAAGAGCCCUGCACGCCCGGUCUCGUUUAUGAUGAGAGGAUCCAUGGCUGUAACUGGCCAGAUCUCCUACAGCCUUUCUGUAACCCUGAAGCCGUCGUAGGUUUCAAGUGCCCAACGAAAGUACCAGCGAACACGCAGUCAGCAAAAUUCUGGCCAUUCCCUCGGUUCCCCGUACCUGGUGACUGCCACAGACUUAUCACUUGUGUUGAAGGAAAUCCACGUCUGAUCACCUGUGGGGAAGGCAAGGUCUUUGACGAUCAGAACCUGACAUGCGAAGACCCUGAAUUGGUACCUCAUUGUGGUCACGCGUAA